AUGGCACCAAAGAUCUUCCUGACUGGAGCUAGCGGCUACGUUGGAGGCGACGUCCUCCACGCCCUGCUGUCCGCCCACCCCGACUGGGAGAGCAGCAUCACCGUCCUCCUGCGCAACAAAGCCUACGAAGCAGCAUUCAAAUCCGCAUAUCCCAGCAUAAACCUCUUCUUCGCCAGUCUUGACGACUCGCACGCCAUCGCAGACGAAGUGUCGAAACACGAACUCGUCGUGCAUUUCGCGCUCAGCGCCGACCACCUCCCCUCUGCAGAGGCCAUCGUCGCGGGACUGAACAAGAGAGGAGGAGGAAUCUAUAUCCAUACCAGCGGGACAGAUGUGCUCCUUGACCCGCGCGCAGACCUCCAUCCGACCGGGCAGGUGAGGGUUAUCGACGACUGGGAUGGGAUCGGGGUGGUUACGUCUUUACCUGACGACGCGCCCCAUCGCAACGUCGACAAGUUCGUCCUCGCAUCAGGCUCCGACACCCUGAAGACAGCAAUAAUCUGCCCGUCGACCGUCUACGGCACAGGGCGCGGCCUCAUCUCCCAGCGCUCCGACCAGAUCCCCAACCUGGCAAAACUCAUCCUGCAGCAGAAGCAAGGGCUCCAGCUUGCAGACGGACAGACCUUCUGGAACUCCGUCCACGUGUACGAUCUGGCACGGCUGUACGUGCGGUUUGUCGAUGAUGCGAUCGGUGACAGUUCUGGGUCCGACCUCGAGUCUACUUCUGCAAGGGGGUUGCUGACAUGGAAUCGCGAUGGGUACUACCUCGUCGAGAGCGGGCGGUAUUUCUGGGGCGAGAUCGCGCGGCAGAUUACUAGCGAGGCGUACAGGCUUGGACUGCUGCCAGCGGAGAAAGUAGUGGUGGUUGAUGGUGUGCUGGGGAGGGAUGUGCUGGCGCCCGCUGGCCGACCCGUGGGCAAUUAUGCGGUUGAGGCGAAGACGGUGCGGGCGCGCAGGCUUCUCGGCUGGGAGGCUGUCGAGGGCAGUCUCCAGGAUGAAAUCCCGGCGAUUGUGAGGGCCGAAGCGGUGCGCUUGGACUUGAAAAGAGACGGUGAGGCGAGAGCAGUGUGGUAG